AAACCCUCUUCAGUAAGACGUGUAAAACUAGCAUGUUAUAGAUGCCGCAAAUCUAAGAGGAGAUGUUUUGGAGGUAUUGAAGGUCGGAAACCAUGCGAAAGUUGUUGUAUCAGUCGACGCCAAGAAAAAUGCUCUUUAUUAGAAGUAUUUGAUGA